AUGUCGCUCAUGUCGGGAGUAGAGGACCCGAAACCCGGCGCGCAGCCUCCACGCUUCUCCAGCUGCACCGGCCCUGCCCUGGAGAACCGGAUCCUGACCGAGGCCUCGUCGUUCCUGCUUCAUCCCCGGUCCAGUCUGACCUCCUCGUGUCCUGCGCUGCUCCCGUCCAGCCUGUCCUCCACCUCGUCCUCGUGCCCCCUGCUGUCCACCUCGUCCGACCUGCUCCGUCCGUCCUCGGCUCUGACCGGCACCGAGAACACCCUGCUGAAACGGAAACCCCUGCUCGUCCCCUCCCUCUGCUCUCCGUACCCUCUGAGCCCUCUGAUUCGGAUCACAGCGCCCCCUUCUGAUGGAUGUCUUAGUGGUGCUACCGGCCUGUCUGGCUCUCAACAGGCUCGAUUGGUCAUGUCUGUGGAAGGGAAGGUUGGACAGACGGUCUGUGUGACUCUCAGUAAGGAUCCACUGCUGGCUGGUGUAAAAGAAGAGCCGGACAGUUCUGCUCACGGUUCUGAUGACGAGGAGCAGCCGGAGAUGGACGUGGAUCCGCCCGCUGAGAUGCCGGUGCUGGACCUGGGACUGACCGAGGACGGAGAGAAGCAGAAACUGGAUCUCAGUGAAGAGUUCGGGCCGGUCGAUACCGGAUCUGAUGAUCAUGCGGAAAUUCUAAAAGAGACGAAGUACCAGUUCCUGAACCUGGUCUGCUGCUCCCUGGUGCAGAAGAAGAUGAAACCCCUUUCGCUGGGCUGGAAAUGCAGUGACUCUCUGUGGGACCACCUGGAGAAAAUGGGCGCGUGGAUCACCCCGAGCGACCCCGAGUUCCUGCUGAAGGUGGCGGUUUACACCAGACAGGAACUGAACAUCCGCAUCACCGCCAACUUCCUGCUCGCCCUGGCUGCCCACCUGCCCGACUCGAAACCUCACCUGAGGAGGUAUUUCUGCGCCGCCGUGCAGCUGCCGUCCGAUUGGCUGGAAGUGACGAGGAUUUACAGCACGUGUUUCAGUAAAUCUCUCCCGUCGUGUCUGAAGAAAGCGCUGACGGAUAAAUUCCAGCAGUUCAGCGAGUACCAGCUGGCCAAGUACAACACCCGCAAACACCGCUGCAAACACAACAAGAAGAAGAAGCGCAAGGUGGGGGAGGUUUCGGACGAGCAGUGGGAGGAAUGGGCAUAUCUGACUAAAAGCGACGUCCCUUCUCUUCAAAUACACCUUCAGAUACAGCAGUACUCGGCGUUGGACAAACAGCAGAGCGAGUUUAACAUGAAGAAAUUAAUAAAGCGCCUCCACAUCAAGCAGCCGGCCGAGUUCGUCAUGAGCAUUCUGGGAAAGAGGUACCCGGCGGAUGCCAGGGCGUUUUGGCGCAGUGGGCUCAGUGGGGUGUGGGAGAGUGAGAGAGCCAAUCAGAGGAUGAGACUGAAGCAGCCCGAGACCUGGGAAACCCGACUGAGUCAGGAGGGGAACACGGCGGCUACCUGGGAGAAACUCAUCGAUAAUAACGCUCUGCCCUUCAUGGCCAUGCUGAGAAACCUGAGGAACAUGAUCACGCAGGGCAUCAGCGCCAAACACCACGACAAGAUUCUCAAACGACUCUGCUCCAAGUCGGCUGUGAUCCAGAGCAGGCAGUUCCCGUUCCGCUUCCUGUCGGUUUAUCAAGUCAUUAUGAAGCUAAAGAAGUUUGUCGGCAGCCCAGUGAAACCUGCGGUCACCAGUAAGAAAAUACUGCGUGGGAUCUUAAAGAAGAUGCCCUACAGCGGUAGAUAUCGCAAUUUUGAUUGGAUGAAGGCGAGUAGGAAGAAGCUACGCUCUACGCUCAGUGUGCCCUUCGUCCGACGCGGUCACGACAGGAAGCGUAAAUACCUGCAGAAAGCCAGUCAGAGGCCCUACAGCGCGGAGCUCCUGCAGCGCUACUCUCAGGCUCUGGAGGAAGCCGUGGAGAUCUCCUGCAGGUACAACGUCCCUCCGCUGUCAGGAUCCACACUCAUCAUCCUCGUCUGUGACUGGUCGUUUGAUGACGAAUUGACAGGAGCUGGUUUCUGCCUCCCUCCUGACCCCACGACUGACCCGGCGAACCACAGGGUCACUGCCUCGUCCAAAGAGUUGGCGCUGCUCGUGGCAAUGAUAAUCAGCCACUGCUGCGAGCACCCACAAUUCCUCCUGGCGGAUGAGGAAGGGGUUCAGGAGCUCAGACUGCAGUCUGACAGCCUUCUGGAGAACGUGAGGAGCGCCAUGGAGAAAUACACGGAAUUUUCUGAAUCGACUCAGAAGAUGCAUCGCAGUAACUUCUUCUCCAAACUGCUGGAGGAGAAAACAAAGGUGGAUAACAUCAUCAUGAUAGACGACUCUUUUGUUGACCGGGUGUUAAGCGCGGAGGUUGAGAGGUUCAGGAAGGAGUCGAUCUGUCAGCCGUUAUGUCUGAACAUCUUAACAAGAGGAUAUAAAGUCUAUUAUAAAAAGCGUCAGAACCACAACACCGUAACGCUGUACGGAUUCAGUGAGUUGGUGUUCAGGUUCAUAUCAGAACGAGGUUCCUCCAGGUUUUUGGAUCACGUGGAGGGGAUGGACAAACUGCACAACAUUCCACCUCCUGCAGGAGCUCCUGCAAAACCAGAGAGGACUGCAGAUGUUCUGCCACUGCCAGCUGUUCCCAAACUAAGGUGGCAGGGCGUGCGGGUCUUCAUCUCGUCUACGUUCAGAGACAUGCACGCCGAGCGGGACGCGCUGCUGCGUAGCGUCUUCCCCGAGCUGCGCCGCCGUGCCGCCACGCUGUGCCUCCACCUACAGGAAGUGGACCUGCGCUGGGGCGUCACCGAGGAACAGUCGGCCCGCGCCACCGAGAUCUGCCUGAGCGAGGUCUGCCGCUCACAGCUGCUGCUGGGGAUUCUGGGAGAAAGAUACGGCGUGGUGCCGCCCCGACCAUCGCUGCCCGAGCUCCCUCAGUACGGCUGGCUGAGCUCGGCUCCUGACGGGCUCUCGGUCACAGAGAUGGAGAUCCGCCAGUUUCGGGCGGUGUUUCCCGAUUCUGCUCAGAGUCGCAUGUUCUUCUACUUCAGAUCUCCACAGCUGGUCAGCUCGGUGCCCGAGGAAUGGAGGUCAGACUUCGUGGCCGAAUCCGAGGAAGCCGCGGCUAAGAUGUCGGAUCUGAAGACGCAGAUCCGCAGCGACGGGUUCAAGGUCACGGAAAAUUACCCGUGUGAGUGGGGUGGAGUGGUGGACGGAAGAGCCUACCUCAGAGGACUGGAGGAUUUCGCCAAGGCGGUGCUGGACGACCUCUGGAGCGCGUUACAGAGCAUCUUUACAGAGGAAUCGGACGAGGCCGAUCUGACGUCCGAGAUCAAGGAGCAGGAGGCGCAUCAGGACGCUCAGCGCCGCCACUUCUACGGCAGAGCCAAACUCAUCUCGCUGGCGAAAGAGAAAGUUCAGGAGUGCCAGAAGAACGGAGGGGUUCUGCUGGUGGACGGAGCGGCGGGACUCGGCAAGACGGCGUUUAUGGCUGCUCUCGCUCACUCACUACAAACUCCAGACAAGAUGAGAACAGCACCCGUAUGUGACGUCAUAUCCUACUCCACGGCCCCUAGCCAAUCGGCUUCUGCUGUGAAAACGCUUCUGCGCUGCCUGGUCCAAUGGCUGAAGAGGAGGGGGGAGCAGGAGGAGGCGCCACCCUCAGACACGCCGUACAGAGCGCUGCUGUCAGAGUGGCACUGCCAGCUGCGCGAGCUGAAGAGAGGACGACCGCUGGCCCUGCUGGUGGACGGAGCCGAUCUGGUGCGCGACCCCAGAGGUCAAGCGGUUUCUGAAUGGAUCCCAGAACGUCUUCCCAAGGGCGUGUGUUUGGUGCUGAGCGUCGCCUCAGAUUCAUCCCUCCGGGCGGCCCUGAGCAAGAAGAAGAACUGUGUAGCGCUCCCGGUAGGUGUGUUACCUCUGCCCGACCGGAGAGAGAUCGUUCAGAAGGAGCUGAGCACCUACGGGAAGAAACUGAGCGACUCCGCCUUCAACAACCAGCUCCAGACUCUGCUGAUGAAGAAAGGAGCGGCGAGUCCACUGUACCUCCGACUGGCCUGUGAGGAGCUCAGGAACUACGCCUCCUUCGAGAAGAUGAAGGAGAACCUGCAAAAUCUCCCGGUGACCCUGAGUGAUCUGGUGCAGUUCGGGUUGACCAGGCUGCAGGACCAGUACGGAGGUGCAGGACUGGACUGGGCACUGGCCGCUCUCACCGUCAGCGCCACCGGUGUGAGGGAGCAGGAUCUUUACGCCCUGCUGAACCUGUGCACCGACCUGAGCUCCACUCACGCCCCCCUCGCCUGGCACAAGGUGCUUCAUCUGGCCCGGAACCCAAAAACCCGGGUGCCCAUGGCCACCUUCUCCCGGCUGGCCCGGAGUCUGCGCAGUCUGAUGGGCUCAGCGCUCAGCCGGGAGCCGGACGAUCCUCUGAUCCUCAAACAUCCAGACGUCCGGUCGGCCUUCGAGCGUCUUUACUGCCCGACGAUGGAGGAGAGGAGCCGAGCUCACGUCAUCCUGGCAGCUCAUCUGUGGGUGCGGUCGGACCCUCUCGGGCGGGGCACGUUCCUCCACUGCGACGCCUCCGCGCUCCUCCAGCUCCCGAAUCACCUGAUGAAAGGAGCUCAGUGGCCGACCGUCGACGACCUGCUGUCCAGUUUCUACUUCCUGUACGCUAACGUGCACCACGGCUUCCUGCCCCGCCUCCUGGAGUACUACGUUCACUUCUGUGAGUCGAGCGAGCUGAAGGACCGCCGAGCGUUUCUGAAGCGCCACGCCCCGCUGCUCUCUCAUUGGCCGGCUCUGUUUGUACAGCAGGCCUUAAACGAACCGCGCGACUCGGCCGCUCACGUCUGGGCUCAGAACGCGGUGGAGGAGGGAAACGCCGCCGUCGUCAGGUGGAUCAACAACACGGAGAAACCGCCGGAGGAGAGCGGUGAGCUGGUGUCCACGUUCCUCUGGACUCCGUCCUGUGUGGCUCUGAGUCCUGCUGGACUUUAUGUUGCCGUGGGGACAGAACGGGGCUCCCUGCACCUCUUCCACUCCCAAACCAACCAGGAAGUGAAGUCACUGGUCAGUAGCUGUGAGGGCAUCUCGGGCUGUGUGUUCCUGGAUGAGGGCGUGGUCUUGACCACCUCCUACGACGGACAGGUGGAGGUGUGGGACGUCCACAGUGGAUGCAGGACGGCCCACCUCAACGCCCACUCCAACAGGAUCACAGGAUGUGAUGUCAGUUCAGACAGGAAGCACUUCGCCACCGUCUCCUUGGACUUUAAUCUGAAGGUGUGGGCCUCUCAGAGAGGUACUCAGGUGGUGUCUCUGCAGAACCCCGCCCCUCUGAACUGUGUGGCGUUUGACCCGGAGGGUUCGGUCCUGGCCGUGGGCUGCUGGGACGGGACGGUGCGGCUCUGGGACUGGAUCAGACAGGAGACGCUCACGACUCUGUCAGGACACCAGUGUUCAGUACGCAGCGUGACCUUCUCCUCCUCCUCCUCCUGCGCCUCCUCCUCCUCUCUCCUCUGCUCCGGGGGGCUGGACGGUGAGGUCAGGCUGUGGUCAGUAGCGGCUUCCACCUGUGUGUGGCGCUCUCGUGCUCACCGCGGCUCCACUGAGACUCUGCGCUUCCUGUGUGAUGGAGAGACUCUGCUCAGUGCUGGACAUGACGGCAUGGUCCAGUUGUGGUCAGGAGGUCUCGGCUGCUCAGUGGCCGUGUUGGGAGAGGAGAAGAAACUGCUGAAGACGUCGGCGUCUAAACACGUGGCCGUACCGGAGGGCGCCGCUCUCUGCGUGGCGGUCAGCGGGCACCACGCUGCUGUGGGUUACCAUGGAGACGGGGUCAAAGUUUACAACCUUCAGUCCGGUGAACGUGUCUGGACCACCGAGGACCUGCGGGUGUCCGUGUCCUGCGUGUUGUGGCUGCAGGACGGAGGAUCCGUGUUCCUGCUCUCUGGAGGAUUUGAUCAGCGUCUGCGUCUCUGGAGAAAACAGGAAGGAACCGAGGAGAACCUGGAGCUACGAGGAGCGUUCGGGAUCCAGAAGGGAGCUGUACUCGCCCUCGACCAAAACUCUACUUACGUGGCUUCUGGAUUGGAUGACUUCACUAUCGCACUGUGGCUGAAGAGAGAUUUGACCUCCGACCCCUGGGUUGAACCGAGAGCGGCGAAUGUACUGAGGGGUCACCAAGGAGGGGUCACCUGUCUGUCCUUCAGUCCAGGAGGAGAUCAGCUGCUGUCAGGAGGAAAAGAUCAAGUAUGA